UUGCCCACACGCCGCUGCGCGCGCGGAGGGUGAUGCCUCGAGAGCGCGUCGCGGGACCGAGACGCUCGUGGGCUUGAGUCCUGCGGCUCCUACAGCGGAGAGAUCGGCUCCUUCGCGUUCUCAACGGCACUUCUCAUCAUGCUGGAGUCCUCCUGCUCGUCCUUUCUGGGUCCCGUGGACGCGGGGGUCUCCACCGGUGGACUAUCGAGGAUGCGUGGACGCGGUUGCGGGUGAUGCGUGAUAUUUCGCGAGAAAAGGCGCAGAGCACGACUGGAUAUGCGCGCAAAAAGUGGGAAUAAGUGAGUUUCGGGGCGCCCAGGAUGGACUCUGUGGAGGUGAUCCUCUCCGUGUUGGUGGUCGUGAUCAUCACAGUGUCGCUGCUGUCCAACGUCCUGGUGCUGAUCUGCUUCCUGUACAACCCGGAGAUCCGCAGGCAGGUGCCGGGCCUGUUCAACCUCAACCUCACCUUCUGCAACCUGUUGCUGACUGUGUCCAACAUGCCGCUGACGCUGGUGGGACUCGUCGGCGCGGCGCCGCCGGGCGGGGACGGCUUGUGCCAGAUCCUGGGCUUCCUGGAGACCUUCCUGUCCACCAACUCCAUGCUGAGCAUGGCCGCGCUGAGCAUCGACAGGUGGAUCGCGGUGGUGUUCCCGCUGAGGUACCACUCCAAAAUGCGCCACAAGGACGCGGCGCUCGUGCUCGGCUACACGUGGGCGCACUCCGUGUCCUUCUCCACGGUGGCCGCGUGCCUCUCGUGGGUGGGAUACCACCGGCUCUACGCGUCCUGCACCCUGUCCAACCAGUCCAGGGCGAGCGGUCGGACCCAGUUUGUGGUGUUCACCGUCUUCUUCCACUCCUUCACGUUCCUGCUGUCGUUCAUAGUCUUAUGUGUCACGUACCUCAAAGUGCUCAAAGUGGCGAGGUUUCACUGCAAAAGGAUCGACGUGAUAACAAUGCAAACUCUGGUUCUGCUGGUGGACAUACACCCCAGUGUUCGCGAGCGUUGCCUGGAGGAGCAGAGGAGGCGGCGACAGAGGGCCACGAGGAAGAUCAGCACCUUCAUCGGCACCUUCAUGCUCUGCUUCGCCCCUUAUGUCAUCACGCGGAUUGUGGAGUUAUUUCCAGCGGUGCCCAUCAACCGUCACUGGGGAGUCGCCUCCAAGUGCUUAGCCUACAGCAAGGCGGCCUGCGACCCCUUCGUGUACUCCCUCCUCCGACACCAGUACAAGAAGACGUGCGCCGACAUCAUCAACCGGCUGCUGAAGCGUCGCUCCUUGAACGCGUCCGGCCGCCGCCACGACGUCCAGGGCAACAGCAUCCAGACGGUGGAGUGACGGGCGGCGGGCUGAAGGUAGGCCCGGCACCAGAGAAGCCCGAGGCAGUAUCACCGCUGAUAAAGACUGUGCCCACGUCUGCUCGAAUUUAGUAUGACAAGCCAAAACACAACAACAACAACAAAACAGAGGGCGACACCAGUGCCGUGAACUCGCAUUGAGGACAAUGAAGGCAGAUUUCACAUCCACCUGGAGAAACAGACGAGCUCAGCCAAGAACAGUAACCAAAACAUAGCCUCGUCCCUCAGCUGGGGUAGCUUCACAUUUGGGUGGGGAAGCCUCACCUCCAUUUGGGUAGCGCUUCAAUGGGGUAGCCUCGCGUCCGGUGGGGUAGCCUCGCGUCCGGUGGGGUAGCCUCACGUUCAGUGGGGUAGCCUCGCAUCCGGUGGAGUAGCCUCGCGUCCGGUGGGGUAGCCUCGCAUCCGGUGGGGUAGCCUCGCGUCCGGUGGGGUAGCCUCACAGCCGGUGGGGUAGCCUCACGUUCAGUGGGGUAGCCUCGCAUCCGGUGGAGUAGCCUCACGUUCAGUGGGUAGCCUCAUGUUCGGUGAGGUAGCCUCGCGUUCAGUGGGUAGCCUCAUGUUCGGUGGCGUAGCCUCACAUCUAGUGGAGUAGCCUCAUGUUCGGUGGGGUAGCCUCACAUCUAGUGGAGUAGCCUCACAGCCGAUGGGGUAGCCUCACAUCUAGUGGAGUAGCCUCACAGCCGGUGGGGUAGCCUCACAUCUAGUGGAGUAGCCUCACAGCCGGUGGGGUAGCCUCACAUCUAGUGGGGUAGCCUCGCGUCCGGUGGGGUAGCCUCACAGCCGGUGGGGUAGCCUCGCGUCCGGUGGGGUAGCCUCACAGCCGGUGGGGUAGCCUCGCGUCCGGUGGGGUAGCCUCACAUCUAGUGGAGUAGCCUCAUGUUCGGUGGGGUAGCCUCACAUCUAGUGGACUAGCCUCAUGUUCGGUGGGGUAGCCUCACAUCUAGUGGAGUAGCCUCGCGUCCGGUGGGGUAGCCUCAUGUCCGGGGGAGUUCACUCCAGUUUGUACGCACUCAUGUUCCCUUCCUGCAGGACCACGGAGUGGCUGCACAUGUGUUUGAGCUGAUAUGUUCACGUUGUACUGUAUGUAGCAAAGACCUGGAAGGAGACACAGCAGGUAGAAACACACAGUGCAGCAGCAAAGUCCGGCUCAGGUUACUUCAGGUUUGAUACAAUUCACUCAAAGACAAACAAAGUGUUACACUUCAUGUUUUUAUACAUUGCUUAAAUGUGUACGAAUCUUUAUAAAGGUUUGUCCUCUCACAGAGAGUCAGUGGUGAACCUGCAGGAACAAACUGUCUCAUGUCUAAAUUAGGUUUUAUAGUAACACUAUGAAUGUAAACGUUUAGUUAAAAUAGGAAACUAGGGUAGAUUUUCUUUAGCUGCUACUGAGGCUUGAUGUAAUGAUGCAUCAGCAAAAUCAUGUGUGUGAGUUUCAUGACGGUUUUCAAACAGCAGAAAAGCAACAGGCUGUGUUGACUCUGCAAACCUGGGUAAACCCGCAUUUACAGGUAAUUACUAGACGAGCGAAGCCGCGGCAGCGCUUCUGAAGCGUGACCUUUAUUCCCGGAUCUCUAACCCGCAGCCUUUAAAAGACCGAAAGGCGAAACGCUAAAUGCUUAAAUCGUGUUCAAACCUUUGGGACAAGUAAAGCGCCCAGCAGACGGGUUGGUCUGAUCCCAGAGCAGCUUCGCAUUUAGGACACGUUAGUCCAGUGCAACAGCACUGAAGACACUUGGAAACCAAUAGACAACACAAUGUCUUUUGCUGACAAAGAUACAGAUUUUGUAGCUUCUUGUAGUUUCAGCCACAAGACCUAAAGCCUUUUAUGCCUUUUUACCUUCCCUGUAGCAGACAGGCAGCUGUUAUAGCAUCACAUAGGAAGAGGAACGAUAAUAGUGCAUUUAGUGUUUGUGCCUUAGUUCAGACCACAGUAAACAUAGAGUAGUAUCUAUUGUAGUUUUGAGUCUAAUUAGUUUUUGACGUUGUAUUUUCAUGUGGGUCCUUUGUUGGAUGCAAAUGACAGCAGUCAUUUGCAGCGUUAGCGGCCACAAUGCGAUGAAAAUGGUCCAUGCAGUGACUCAGUGUCAUUUAAAUGAAUCCAUUCAUUUCUAAGGUUCGAGCCCUUGAGCAAGGGAGUCCUUUUGCUCCAUCGCGCCCGUUUUCGCACAAAGCGGAUAAAAGUGAUUUGCAAUCACUCGUGCUUCCUGAAAAGCCCCGACGUUGAGCUGAAUGUUGGUUUGGACACACCGUCCCACACACAGUGCAGCAGACGCACGCGCGAAGCCGUAUCCUCGCGUUGGGGACGAGGACGCCGUCCGUCGACCUCCUGGCCGCCGCCUCACUGCUCCGCAUUCACUGACAGCAGCUUAGAGUCCGUGUUCCGCUUCCCAUGGCUGAGUCUUGGUGAUGUUUUGCACUGAUGUAGAGUAGUUAUUUUUCUCAUAGAUGAUGAUUAUUAUUGUUAAAUAUAUAUUAAAAAAACAACAAUCAUUAAAUUAUAUAUAUGUUGACUUUGAAUUUAGAUAAAUGACCAUGUGAAAAGUAUUUUUGUGUCUUUUUGAUAUUCGUACACAGUAAUAUUUUGAGUGUUACAAAAUGUGCUGCUUCAAAUGCAAAUGAAGUAACUGUUGUUGAUGGUUGACAGUGACUUGAGUGUAAUAUACCUCAUUUUGUUGACUUGACUGCCUGAAGUGAGUUGUUGUGUAAACCUGCGCUCGAUGCUGCUGCUGCUAACGAUGGCGAUGACCUGAUGAUGAUGAUGUUGAUGAUGAUGCUGAUGAUGAUGCUGAUGACGACUGUUGCUCCUGUUUGUGAGAACACUUGGUUCGGAAAAACAUCCCGACGACUGUUCCAGGUUUUGAUUAUUCUGAUUAAACUGUAGACUUUACCUACAUGAUGUUGUGCUGUUCUGACGUUUCCCUACUCUCGGACUAAAACUAUGUCCACUCUAAUCCAGUUCAACGUCCACGAGCGUCUCUUCCUUUCCAUCUUACGUAAACAGCUUGUUCUCUGCCCAAAACAGCCUCUCGAGCAAAUAAAUGUCAAAAUGCUGCCUCAGUGUUUCGGCAGAUGGGAAAAGCUGAGCCUUUUCAAAGCGAUGACUUACAGCGAGGCUGUUCAGGGAGGCUCAAGGUUGUGUGGUAAUGAAGUGGAGUCAGACCCCACAGCAGAGAUGUUGCCAUCCAUUGUUCCUUCUGAUUUAGUCGAUUGUAUAAUUGUGUUGAUUAAACAAUAGGAUGAUUGUGA